AUGACAAACUAUCAAAUUAUGCUCAAGUUGGCUACUACUAUGCUCUUGUAUUUCAUACCUUGCUCCCUUAAUAUUCUGGUAGAAGGGCAGUGUUCACGUGUUCAAUACGUGGAGAAAUACAAAACGUGGUACUAUUGGAUUGGCUCGAAUAACCCUUCUUAUGUCAGUAAUGGUGAAGGACCGAGACGUUUGGUUGGACUGGACCGUUUUUAUAUUGACGAGUACGCGGUGAGCAACGCAGAUUUUAAAAAGUUCGUCAACACCACUGGAUACGUAACCGAAGCUGAAAAAAAAGGCUACUCAAUAGUACAUGAUGAAUACUUAGUACCAUCUGCUAAAAAGAAAAUUAUACAGUCUAAGGUUAUUACAUUAGGGUAUCUGACUGUAAGAAAUGCUACUUGGAGGACACCUCUAGGAAUCGGCUCCAGUUUAUCAGAAUCAAUGAACUUUGCAGUCGUGCAUGUUUCUUGGAAUGACGCCGCAGCUUACUGCAAGUGGGCGGGUAAAAGACUGCCAACCGAAGCUGAAUGGGAGGCUAGUUGCAGAAUCAAAGACAAGCUCAUGGAUGACAUAACUGAGCAUCCUCCUGGACGUUGUUCGCUAAAAUUCAAUGAAAACAAGUGUCGAAGUCUCACGGAUUUUGACAUCAACGAGGACUGUUUGAAAGUAAUGGGAUUACCUGUUUAUUAUCAAACUUCUUUCUCGGAGUGGACUUCUGAUUGGUGGGGAGUCAAGAAUUCAAACCAAAAUGAUCUUAAUCCUACUGGACCUGAACACGGGAUUUAUAAAGUAGUUAAAAACAGUUACUUAAAUUGUGAUGACAGCCAGGAAUGUGUCAGAUUGUCUCCAUGUACUGAUAGAAGCCCGAUGUUUACUAACGCCACAUUAAACGAUUACAAGCCCAGGUCGGAGAGUUUGGAUACUUGACCACUGCCUCCUUGGUACGACGAGGCUAAGUUUGGAAUUUUCAUCCACUGGGGCGUGUUUAGCGUCCCAAGUUUUGGGUCAGAAUGGUUUUGGCAGUAUUUAGAAGAGAAGAGGCCCAAGUUUGUGGAGUUUAUGCAGAAACGAUAUAAGCCAGGCUUUACUUAUCAGAAUUUCGCCCAAGACUUUACUACCGAGUUCUUCAAUGCCUCUCAGUGGAACGAACUAUUCGGUUUCGGUGCAAGGUACGUUGUCCUUACCAGCAAACAUCAUGAAGGUUAUGCACUGUGGCCGACCAAGUAUGCGUUUGGCUGGAACGCCAUGGACAUUGGGCCCCACAGGGACUUGAUUGGAGAAUUAGCAGCAGCAGUGAAGAAGAGCGGUAAGCUAAAGUUCGGAUUGUAUCACUCACUAUUUGAGUGGUUCAACCCACUGUGGCUGGAGGACAAGAAGAGCGGUUUCAAGAGCACAACAUUUGCUAAGAACAAGAUCCUGCCGGAGAUGAGAGAGGUGGUGGAGACUUAUAAGCCCGAAGUGUUCUGGUCGGAUGGCGAUGCUGAUGCACCUGACACGCACUGGAAGGCUGAAGAAUUCAUCGCAUGGCUGUACAACGAGAGUCCCGUCAAAGACACGGUUGUGACUAACGAUAGGUGGGGUAUAGGAACCGCCUGCAAGCACGGGGAUAUUUACUCUUGUGCCGAUAGAUACAACCCUGGCGUCUUACAAGCCCACAAAUGGGAGAACUGCAUGACGAUCGACCGUAAGUCAUGGGGCUUUCGGAGAAACGCUUUGCUGGACUACAUGACUGUGAAGGAUCUUAUCAGUGAACUUGUUACCACUGUAAGCUGCGGGGGUAAUUUGCUGAUGAACGUUGGCCUUACCAAGGAAGGUAUUGUUCCACCCAUUUUCGAGGAGAGGUUGCAUGGAAUCGGACAAUGGCUCGAGCUGAAUGGAGAGGCUAUUCACGGGAGCAAGCCAUGGAGAGUUCAAAACGAUACUCUGUCUGGUAGCGAUGUCUGGUACACGGUUGGCCAGAACAAAAACCUUUACGCCUCGAUAUUGUCAUGGCCCAAGGGAGAUGUUCUGAGGUUAGAAGCAGUCCAGACAGUUAGUGAUACAAAAAUAUCGCUUCUUGGAAGUGAUAUUGUUUUGAAAUGGAAGCAGACAAACAAUGCCCCUGUCAUCUAUUUACCCCAAUCAGUUCACCAAGGAAGCCCAGCCUGGGUUUUGUGUUUUAAAAAUUACAUUUAA